CUAAUUCAACAGAUUAUUUUUGAUACAGAUGGCCCAGCUGAAAGUUGGAAGUCAAUUUUCGACAUAAAUGUUCUGGCUCUGAGUAUCUGCACGAAGGAAGCAAUCCAAUCUAUGAGAGACCGAAACGUCGAUGAUGGUCACAUUGUUCAUAUAAACAGCACCCUAGGACACGUUGUACCCCCUGCGGAAUUUGGGUUUUCAAUGUAUACAGCAUCGAAAUACGCUGUCACAGCGCUGACCGAGGGACUGCGAAAGGAACUUGUCAACCUGAAGUCCAAUAUCCGAGUCACUGUGAGUAAAUAAAUUGGAUUAAACGCA